CAUGCCACUGUACUGGUGGAGAUGGCAGGACUGGUGGUUCUGACUUGACCCCAUGUUCAGCCAGAGAGCCUCUCCAGUCCCGUUCAUGGGCCCGAAGCGUUACCGUGACCCGCCUUGCACCGUAGAAAAGCUUCCUCGCCUGGACGCAGUGGUGAUCAGUCAUACACACUACGAUCACCUCGACGCAGACUCUGUGGCAGCACUGAACGCUUGGUGGGUGGGGAGCCGCAUUCCUGGGCACGACGAUGUCACAUUUUUUUGCACGCCGGCACAGCACUGGUGCAAACGCACGCCUGUGGAUGACAACAAAGCAUUAUGGGGAAGCUGGACUAUCGUAGGCCCACAUUGUCGUUUCUUCUUUGCUGGGGAUACGGGAUACUGUUCAGCAUUUAAAGAGAUUGGAAAACGCUUCAGAUCGUUUGACCUGGCUGCCAUCCCGAUUGGAGCUUACCUGCUCAGAGGAAUCAUGAAGUCUCAGCAUGUGGACCCUGAAGAAGCUGUUCAGAUUCACAUGGACAUUCAGGCGAAAACAUCACUGGCCAUUCACUGGGGGACGUUUGCUUUAGCCUAUGAGCAUUAUCUUGACCCUCCAGCACGUUUGCGUGAGGCUAUGGUGAAUCAUGGACUGAAUCCAGAUCUGUUCUUUACACUUUAUCACGGAGAGUCACGGCUGAUCGACCACGAGGACACGCACACGUCCAGCUAAACAGAAACCCAGGAAGUAUGCAGACACGCAUUAUGAUCUACAUAGGCUGCGUUUCUAUCAAUUCUUUCACAGCUGCAGAUUAUGCUGAUCCAGUGGCUGGACUCUGGAUUUUAAUGUUAAAAAAUCUAUUAGAUUUCUAUUUUGAUUUAAUAUAAUUUGCCAUUUACAAUAUCAUGAUGUGACCAUAAUAAAACAACACCUGAAUUGAAAUUGUGUA